UUCGGACGAGAAUCCCGCGGAGGGUCCGUUGAGCCGUCUGAGCGGCAGAGAGAAGGCUGUCGCAGACAGUGUUUCGCUUCAGCCAAGCAUGUCUCUUUUGCGUUUGCAGGGACUCCUACUGCCAAAACACAGGACGCUGCGAGGCUACCAGUGAUUUCACCGAGGAGCGGGCAGAAGAGGAUUUGUUGGGGAUUUAAUAAAGCGGAGAAAAAUGUCUCGGUGGAUUUGGUUCCCGCUGCUCCUGGUUCUUCACUUAGGGUAUGAAGUUGAAGCGCAAGUAGAAAACCGGGUGAUUUUCCUGCCGGGGAGGUUUCAGAACGUGAGCAUCCCACAGAAUGAGACGGUGCAGGCCGUGGUGUCCACGAUCUCUUCAGCGGUCGCUUUUAUCACUCUGCAGUUCCACACACAGCACCGCAACGCAACACUGUCCUACACAAGGGAGCCAGGCUUGGGCGUCUCUCUGACGGCGGCAGACUCAGGGCUCCUGUCAGCUCUCCAGUCGGGCCAAACGUCCCUCUCCUUGUUCCUGUCCUCUCCUGAGGGUGACACCGUGGCAGGCACUGGGGUCAUCCUCCCCUACCUCGGCACUGAUCCAGUCCCUGGAGCUUGUAAUACAGAGUUUAACCUGGAAAUUGACCCAAACAUCUACAUUCACUACACUCUCUACGAGACCACAAUCCGCUUUGCACCUGCCAACUUGGGAUAUGAAAGAGGUGGGGUUCCUCCGGCCUGUGACCAAUCAACAGGAACCGAGACACGGUGGCGGCUGCAGUACGACGUCUACCAGUACUUCCUCCCUGAGAACGACCUGUCAGAGCGCAGCCUGUUCAGUGGCUUUCAGGCCGUGGCCGACGAGCAGGGCGUGAUGGGGAAUGGCAGACGGGUCGCGACGCUGAAAUCGACAGAUAAGAGCUUGAUGGUUUUCAACUCCAUCCCCGGUCAGGGCGUAAUCUACUCUGUGAUCGUCAGAGACCCGCUGUUGAACACCUCGGCUUCCUACGUGCCUGUUCACACCUACGCCUGCAGCUUCAAUUCCACUCUGGACAGCUGUCAAACACUGGGGAAGAUAUCUACAAAAAUCUUCUUCACCAUCGUUGGCUUGGCAGGCUUGUUUGUCUGCUUCUUUGGGCAUCGAUUCUUCAAAAUUGAGCUGUUCUGCAUGGGUUUCAGCUUUGCAGCCUUUUUCUUCUUUGUCCUCAUCACACGGACCACAGAACUGGACUAUGACAUCCGUCUGACUCUGUCAGGGGUGGUGGGCGUGGUGGGCGGGGUCAUCCUGGUAAUGAUAUGGUGGCGUUUUGGUUCAGUCGUGGCCGUGGUCGUGAUUGUGGUCGGCCUGAUGCUCGGCUUCCUCGUCGCCUCCAUUGUCCUCUUCACUCCACUAGGUGACCUCGAUGUGUACAGGAAAUCAGAUGUUGUGUUCUGGGUGACGUUCUGCAGCAUUAUGCUCAUCAUUCCCCUCUUCUUUGUGCGUUGGCCCAGAGAGGGAAACAUCACCACAUGUGGGAUCGUUGGUGCUUAUGCUGUCAUUCUGGCCAUCAACAGCUACAUUUACACAAGCCUCUCUUACAUCACGCUGAAUAUCCUCAAACGCCUCCUCAACAACAACUUCAGUGCAGUCUUCACCGAUGUGCCGUUUCAAACCAUCGACUACAUCACGAUCACGGUGUGGGUGGUGCUCGGUGUGUGCGGCAUCGUCCUGCAACUGUACCGCGAGCGCUCCCGGCCGUUCUUCCCGCCCAGCCCGUAUCUCAUGUGGCAGCAGGAGCGCGAGCGCCGCAAGACUAACGUCCUGGACCCGAGCCACCACUUCCCUUCUCUGCCCAGCCGCCUCCUGGCCCGAGUGCGGCAGCUCACCAAGCGCACUGAGCCGAAAGGAGAACACACGCCACUGCUUUUGUAACCCCAGAGAGCCUUCGAUGCCCCCGUCUGAAAGCAGAUACAGAGGUAGCUUUUUGAUCUGUGGAGCCUCAGACUGCCAAGCUACAGAGAAAGUAGAGACUCUGAUUGGACAGGUGCUGGCAGUCAAGCCCAGAUCAGCUGAUGGAGCUACGGUCUGCGUAAAAAGUGUGAAUGACUUUACAGACCUCGAGCAGAAGGAGUGACUUCUCCUGACAACUAACGCCACUUUUAUCAAACACUUUAAGGCAUUUUAACAAUCACAGAGGAAGAACUAAAGAAUGGCCUUAAUUGCUUUUUCUAAAAUGCUUCUGCUUAAUUUACCGUUUGCACUGAACUCCCAAACCACUAAGAGUUCACAAAGCCAGGUGUUUCCUCUCGUUAUUCGGCUCAUUUCACCAGCACUGCUUUUAUUUUUGUUUUAAGUGUCAAAACAGAAAAUUUGUUUCCUCGGUACAUUUGGUUGACCUGCUGACCACUUACUCUCAUGCUAGACUUUAAGAUAAAAAUAAAUCUCGUGAGCCUCUUAAUGAACUUGUGCAGGUCACAAACAAUAUUUUAGCCUUUAAACAAAAAGAUUAAUGAAUCCAGAUUUAAUGUUUAUCCUCAUCUAUGCACCAAAUAAGAAUGUUUUAACCUGUUUGCAGUUUGCAGGCAGUCCGCUCUUUCUUUUUGUACUUUGCACACUGGAGUUUUAAUCUGUUUUUUAAAAAUUCUCCUGCUGUUAUGGUGCUGAUUGAUUUCCUGUGAAUCUGUUGGGCCACAACUUCUCUCAGGGUUUCACACCCAGCUUGAGGACUACUGAUGAGACAGCAGAGGAAACUUUUUGCCUUUAAGCCAACAAGUCUGUGUUGGUAUUUAGCUUCUGUGCUUUCUGUUUUAUGUAAAUAAAAAAAUAAGGUCAGUUGUAAUUUGUAAUUUAAUGUGUUUUGAUAUUUAAUAAAUC